AUGCCUUCUUUCAGCCUGCUGACCGGCCACUUUGGUGCCCUCAAACAAACCAUCGAUGGCAUGCCGCCCAACGCAACCCUGCAUAGCAUUAUGCUGAAAUUGUCGCAAAAGUUCCGCUCAGGGAUGUUCUACAUCAACAUGUGGCCAUUCAGCGGUACAUGGCUAGUGGUCGCAACACCGUCUGGCGCGGCCCAGAUCCAGAGUCUGAAUCUUUCGAAGCCGAACAUCCUGCGAAGACCGCUGGAGACUAUCACCGGGGGCCCAAGCUUGAUGAGUAUGCAUGGUGAAACAUGGAAACGGUGGAGGGCACUGUUUAAUCCAGGCUUUAACCCCAACUACUUGAUUGGGCUGGCGCCGCUGAUCGCCGAUGAGGUCGUUGUUUUUUGCGAGCAGCUACGGCAGAAGGCCAGAACAGGAACAGUUUUCCAGCUUGAACCGCUCACUCUGAGGUUGACAGUUGAUACGAUUUGCUCUGUGACGUUAGAUUCACAGCUCCACCACCAAACUCAGGACCACCCCCUUGCCUCAGCGCUGCAACGGCAGAUCGAAUGGGCCUCGUUUGGAACUACCUUCAACCCCUUUAAGCGGUACCUGACCGUGCGGCCUCUGGUGAUGUGGUACAAUAACCGCCUUAUGAACCGCUUCAUCGACCAAGAGGUUGACCGAGCGUACCGGGAGCAGUCUGGCCGUCAGUCGAAAUCCGUGAUCUCCCUCGCCCUCAGAGAUUACAUGAAAGAGAAAGAUGGAAGUCUGGAAGACUUCAAACGACGUGUUGCGCCACAGUUACGGGUCUUUCUCUUCGCAGGUAGAGAUACAACGAGCAGUACACUGCUCUAUGCAUUCUACCUGCUUUCCCGACAUCCAGAGGCCCUAGCUAAGGUGCGCUUAGAGCACGACCAGGUCUUCGGCCCAUAUCAUCAACAAGUACACGAGAAAAUCCACCAAGAUGCGAAACUCCUCAACCAACUCCCCUACACAACAGCUGUCCUUAAAGAGACUCUGAGGCUCUUCCCUCCGUCUGCCUCCAUGCGUGAAGGCCGUCCCGGCGUUGAAAUCACCGACGACAACGGCCAAGUAUAUCCCACUGCAGGGUGCAACGUCUGGACGCUCACCGUGGCACUGCACCACAACAGUGCGCACUGGGCUGAAGCCGAGUCAUUUAUCCCCGAACGGUGGCUCGUGGGAUCUGACCAUCCGCUGUACCCAGCCAAAGGCGCAUGGAGGGCCUUCGAGUUCGGCCCGCGGAGUUGUAUCGGGCAGACGCUGGCAAUGUUGGAGCUGCGGGUUGCACUAGCGAUGACGCUCCGCGAGUUUGAUAUUGCACCGGCGUAUGAUAAGUGGGAUCACAUUUAUCCAAAUGACGCCGUCAAGGAGUUCAAUGGGCAUCGGGCAUAUCAGGCAGAAAAGGGGGGAGGGGGUGCGCAUCCGGCAGAUGGGAUGCCCUGUCUGGUUACAUUUCGGGUGUAAAGUAUAUAGUAAAGAAUUAUUGAAUACGUGAAUAAUGACA